UCGAGCUGAGAUCCCUAGUUUUGCAGUUGUUCAUCGGUGUCGUUUUAUAAUAUAUUUUCUUUUUAAAGAAAGGUUUCCAAAAAGUAAAAAAAUGGUUAGCUCGGUUGUGCGGUCUUCUUUACUAUAUCCUACGGUUAGAUAUUAUGCAGUUGCAGCAACUGUAUCAAAGUGUGCUGCACUAGCUCCUGAAAUUAAAGUUUUAAACAAUAAAGUUACUAUUGCUGCUUACGAUAAUCAUGCUCCAAUUGCACAAGUUUCCAUUGUAUUCAGAGCUGGAUCACGAAAUGAAACACAUGAUACACAAGGCACAGCACAUUAUUUGCGAAUAGCUGCAGGAUUAAGUACAUCUUGUGCAACCAGUUUUGCCAUAACAAGAAAUAUUCAACAACGUGGUGGAAAUUUAAUAACUACUGUUGAUCGUGAAAGUAUAGCAUAUACCUUGCAAAUUACUAAAAACAAUUUAAUAGAUGCUCUUCAAUAUCUGGAAUUUGCUGCUACUAAGCAAAUUUUUAAACCAUGGGAAAUAGCUGAUGAGUUGCCCAGAUUAAAAUAUGAACUCUUUUCCCUAUCUGAUUCAGUUCUAAUAUUAGAACUUUUACAUAAAGCAGCUUAUCGUACUGGACUUGGAUAUUCUCUUUUUUGUCCAGAAUAUCAAUUGGGUAAAAUUGGUACAGAAAGUUUACAACAUUUUGUUAAUACUUGGUGUACUGCACCUAGAUGUGCAGUUGUUGGCACUGGUGUUUCAUUAUCAGAGCUUACUGCUUUAGGAUCAAAUUUAAGUAUUGGAUCAACAGAUAAUACAAAUGAAGAAUCAAAAUAUUAUGGUGGAGAAAUUCGUAAGGAAACUGGAUCAGAUUUAACUAGUGUAGCAAUAGCAGUAGAAGGUGUAAGCUUGAAAAAUGAGAAAGAUGCAUUAGCAUGUGCAAUACUUCAAAGAGCAUCCGGUAGUGGACCAAGAGUUAAGUGGGGAUCUAGUCCUAGUUCAUUGCAUAAACAAGUUUCAAGUGCUGCAGGCAGAGAACCAUUUGGUUUAUCAACUUUUAAUGCUAGCUAUACAGAUUCAGGACUUUUUGGGGUUGUUUUAUGCUCAACGUCUAAUGUAGCAGGAUUUUUGACAAAAGCAGCCUGCGAAUGGUUGAAAUGUUUUAAAUUAUCCAAUGAUGAUAUUACUCGUGGUAAAAAUAUAUUAAAAACUGAAAUUCUGGACGCAGCAGAUAAUUCACUUUGUUUAUUGGAAAGUAUGCAACAACAAGCUGUGCUUAAAGGGAAUAUUUCUUCACCAACAUCAUUAGUUAAUGACAUUGAUCAAAUUUCCUCGUCUGAUAUUAAAGAUAUUGCAGACAAACUUAUUAAAGGAAAAUUAUCCGUAGCUGCUAUUGGUAAUUUGAAGACUGUACCAUAUAUUGAUGACUUAAAAUAGACUUAGUAGAUUUUUAAAGAAAUAACUAACUACCGAAACAAAUAUCAAUUUUUUUCAAGAGAUUGAGAUUAAGGUACAUGAAAAUUGCCAAUCAAAAUUGGUACAAGAUAUUUAAUAUUUGUGUGCAUUUCAUUGCAGUGAACGUAAUUCUGUAGAUAUGAAUAAAAAUAAAAAUUCUUUAUUUCCA